CUGGUUUGUACCAGUUCCUGUUUGGCUCUUGAGAGAUUGUGUCAUUUGCUGCUUUGGGGAGUCCAGCCCAGCCCCUGCUACUCUCUGGAUCCAGGGGCACCCAGAAGGCUGCCAUAAGGGGAUGGGGCAGAGUCCCACUGGGGUGUGGGCGAGGAGUGCAGGAGCAGGCAGAACGCCUCCAGGUGCUGCAGCCUGCGAGCUACUCCCUGGCAGCUACUGCUCCACCUUUGCAAGCGGGGGAAUGGCUCCCCUGCAGCAUAGCUGCCCCCGGUGCUGCCGGAGAGCCAUGGACUAUCCCUCACCCCAUCCAGGCCACUGAGCACGAUCGGCUCCUCUCCUGGGCACAGGGCACGCGGACUGGCUGUCUCCGGCAUGGAGAGCCAAAGGUCCAUAGGGGGGACUGCGGCUCUCGGCUCCAGCAGCGCAGUGCCUGUGGCUCCUGGGAACAGCAGCAGGAGAGACCCAGCCAUGCAGGGCAGGCCUAAGGUAGCACCCAGCGGGAGCUGCUGCACAGCCAAGACCCCUCCAGCCCGGGCAGGGUGAUGGCUUGGGACAGACUGGGCAGCAGGGCCAAGGGGCACUGCCUGGCUGAAUUCCUCAGGGGCAGCAAGCAGAGCCACCUCCCCACUGGGGACCUGUGUCAUCAGUGGUCUUGCAGGAGCAGCUGGGGCCCCUGCGGGGGAGAGGGGAGACAUGCACACACUCCAGAGGCAAGGGAGUGAAGGCCAGCAAUGAUCAGUGACGUGGGGAGCUCGUGCUGGCCCUGUCCCCUCCCUGCCGGCCAGGGAGAGUGGCCCCGGCCAGGGCCAGUUGCCCAGUGCUCUGGUGUCUCUUGUAGCGCCAGUCACCCCUGGGGCUGAGAGAAGCCAGUGGGUGCAGCAGAGGGUGAGGGUUCUGUGCAGCUGGGCCACCCCAGCACUGCCAGCGCAGGCCCCUCUCUGGUGAGCGAGUUGCUGGGGCUGUGCGCUGCAGGGGGACUCCGAAGGAAUCCAGCCCCCAGCCUGGUCGGUGCUCCCUGGCCUGGGGGCUCCUGUUCCAGCCUCUUCUGCCCCCUUGCGGAGGGGACAUCUCUGUCCCCGUUAACGUACUGCUGCCACUCUUCCCAAUUAGCCCUGCUCCAAGUGGCGCCUGGGCCCGCAGGGUCAAGGGCACGUGGAGCUACUCUGGGGCUUGUUUGCUCAUCCCUGAACUGCUGCCCUGCAGGGUGGUUGAGAAGUGACUCUGGAAGUUUCACCAGGGCCCUGAGUCCAGAGCUAAAGCAACAAAUAGAAAUGCUGCCCCUCCCCACCAGCCUAGCAUCCAGCCCCACCCCGCCAGCCCUUUGCAUGACUCACUGUGCCCAGGAACCCAGUGCAGUCUGCGGGAACUUUGUAAACAAUCCCGUUGCUGAUGCAGCAGCAGGAACAGAGUCCAGCUCCCUCCCCCAGUGCCAGGCGGGCUUGGCAGGACACAGAGAGGGGAAGUCUGGCUUUAGUCCUCAAAGCCAGCAGCUGGGUCUGAGCAAUGAGCGUUGCUCCCUGGAGCAGAGUUGGAUGUCACGGGGCCAGGACAGAGGUGCUUCGGGGCUCAGGAGCCCUCAGUCUCCUGCUCAGCUCAGCUGGAUAGCAGAGAAGCGCAGGGCGGGGAUGCAGUGCUGGGGCUGUGUGAAUGCAUGUAGCCAGUUCAUGCUGGGGCUGAGGGCUCAUGCUUGCUGCCCACUGAGCCCCCGGGUUCACCUCUGCACGGAGAAUGGCUGGGAGCCAUGUUUGCAGUAACACAGGGAGCCCCAAGUGGCCCCAUCCAACCGACUGCCAGGGUCAGAACACGGAGGAGGGGAUGCAGUACGUAGAUGAGCUCGUCGGGCGCUACAGCCACUCCUGCCUUUGGUGGUUUGGGCCCUGGUUUCCCAUUCUCCGGCUCUUCCACCCAGAGGCCGUUAAACCCGUGUUGCUGGAGUCAGUUGCCAUUGCACCCAAGGACUACCUGUUCUACGGCUUCCUGAAGCCCUGGCUGGGGGACGGUUUGCUGCUGAGCAAUGGUCCGAAAUGGGUGCGGCACCGGCGCAUGCUGACGCCAGCCUUCCACUUCGACAUCCUGAAGCCCUACAUGAAGAUCUUCAACCAGAGCACUGACAUCAUGCAUGCCAAGUGGCGCCGGCUGGUGGCGUCAGGCUCCACCUCCCUGGACAUGUUUGGUCAGAUCAGCCUCAUGGCCCUGGACAGUUUGCAGAAAUGCGUCUUCGGCUACAACAGCAACUGCCAGGAGACACCCAGUGACUACAUUGCAGCCAUCCUGGAGCUCAGCUCCCUGGUGGUGCGACGCCAGCACCGCUUGCUCCUGCACUGCGACUUCCUGUACCGCCUGUCACCCGACGGGCAGCGCUUCCGGCGCGCCUGCGACACCGUGCACCGCUUCACGGCCGACGUGGUGCAGCGGCGCCACCAGGCCCUGAGCCGCCUGGGCAGGGAGGCCUGGCUCAAAUCCAAGCAGGGCAGGACGGUGGACUUCAUUGACAUCCUGCUCCUGGCCAAGGAUGAGGACGGCCAGGACCUGUCAGACGAGGACAUCGCAGCUGAGGCCGACACCUUCAUGUUUGAGGGCCACGACACCACAGCCAGCGGCCUCUCCUGGGUGCUGUAUAACCUGGCCUGUCACCCCGAGUACCAGGAGCGCUGCCGGGAGGAGAUCAAGGACUUAAUGCGGGACAAGGAGUCGGAGGAGGUUGAAUGGGAGGACCUGUCCCAGAUGCCCUUCUCCACCAUGUGCAUCAAGGAGAGUCUGCGCCUGCACCCGCCCGUCACGGCCGUGUCCCGGCGCUGCACCGAGGACAUCAAACUGCCUGACGGACGUGUCCUACCCAAAGGGAACGUCUGUCUGAUCAGUAUCUAUGGGACGCAUCACAAUCCUGCUGUCUGGCCGGAGCCCCAGGUCUAUAACCCACACCGCUUCGACCCAGAGAACUCCAAGAACCAGCCCCCACUGGCCUUCAUGCCCUUCUCUGCUGGACCCAGGAACUGCAUCGGGCAGAACUUCGCCAUGGCGGAGAUGAAGGUGGUGCUGGCGCUGACCCUGCUGCGCUUCGCCCUGCGGCUGGACGAGAGCAGGCCUGUGCGGCGCAAGCCUGAGCUGAUCCUGCGCAGCGAGAACGGGCUGUGGCUGCACCUGGAGCCGCUGGGGCCCAGCCGUGAGAGCCGGCCCCCCGCACCGCACUCCUAGGGCCGUGCACUCCCGCCUGCUGCGGGGAUCCAGCCUGCUCCGCACAGCUCAGGGGCCUGCUGAGUGGAGGACCAGGUGGGGAUCAUGGUGGGGCCAGCUCUCUCCUCUAAUCUAGACCAGCCCUCUGUACCAAAGGAGGCGCUGUGGGGUCCGGGCAUGGGGCCCCUCAGGUGCUGCAGGCUCCUUUCAGACACCAGCUGCUUAGCCCUCCCCUACCUGCCCCUGGGAGGCAGGGUGACAAGUGCCUCUCCCCAGCCCCGCUGGAUGCCCGCGGCCACCUGGUGACUCAAUGUCAGAGCUAGAAAUGGAGCCAAGCAGCCUGGCUCCCGGCCCUGCCCGCUCACAGCCUGGGCGACCCCUUGGCCUGCGUUCCCUGCUCCCACUGGCCAGAGGCAGGGUGCCAAGCUGUCUGGCCACUAGUUUAGGAUGUGGGAGACCCAUGUUCAAUUCCCCGCUCUACCACAGGCUCCCUGUGUGGCCUUGGGAAAGUCACUCAGCCUCUGGCCCUCAACUCCCAUCAGUGCAAUGGGGCUAAUGGCCCUGCCCACAGGGGAUGAGGGUAAAUGCAGUUGGGGGGUGAAGUGCCACAUACUUAUGGUGGGGCAUCUAAGAACACGUGCUCAAUAACCCUAAAUGCUAUGGGCUUGUUAGUGGAUCAGCCCCUGCUUUCUCGCCAGCCCACCUGUGCCCCGAUGCUGCUGUCUGGAGCUGAGGGUCUGGUCUGUCUCUCACUCCUCUUCCCCGGAGGGUAGGCAUCUUCCCUCCUGCUCUGUCCUGCUCCCCCCACUCCUGCACUCAUCAAUCCACCUGCCUGGCCUGGGGCAUGAACAGCUGAGAGGCCUGCGGGCAGGUGGCUCAGUGCUCUGGCCGAUCUUCCUGAGGGGCCCCCAGUGGCCCAGGUGAGCGCUGGCAAAGGCCAUUUCUCACUCUGCUGUAGGUGGCUUUGGGGUAGGGCAGCAAUCCAGGGGGCAGCUGCCCAGCAAUCGCAACCUGCUGCCUGCAGUCACCUGGGGGAGUUGGGGCAGGGAAGCCUUUGUUACUCACACACACAUACAAUUCCCCAUUGUGUGUGUGUGUGUGUAUCGCCAGACCGUGCCCGGGAGGGCUGGCUGCAGACCCAGCAGGGACCCACUCCCUCCCACAGGGAACUCAUGGCUCAAAGAGACAAACAAUGGUUGAGAGAGCGAGCAGGGGGCCAUAUGUGGCUGCUGGGGCAGAUGGACCUGGAGCUGGGGGACAGUUGGUUUCAUGAUAUUUCUAAGUUGGUUCCGGAGCAUGGCAAAGUCCAAGGCCCCUGCUGCAGGGUCGAGGCCACGAGGCUUUGGGAUCUGGCCUCGGGGUUUCAGGAUCUGGCCCUGGAAUCUGGCCACUGAGCUUUGGGUUCUGUCCCCUGGCCACAUGGCGGCAGGCUCCAGCCCCAGGCCCACCCCCCCCCCCCCCCCCCCGCGCCAUCUCCCCAGUCCCCGCUGCCUCCUCGAGCCCCAGACUUCAACCGUGUGCUCCAUUCCUUGGCCACAGGGCUUCAGGCCCCAGGAUCUGGCCAUGGGUCUUCUGGCUCUGGUCCCCAGCUGUGAGGCAGCAAGCACCAGCCCCAGGCUCGCCAACCCCCCCUUUGCCCAAGCCCACUCUGCCUCCUCCAGCCCCGGGUUUUUGGGCUCUCUGGCUCUGGCUCCUGGCCAUGCAGCAGCAGGUGCAGGCCCCCAGCUCCCCCCUCUCCACCAUCAACUCUGGCCCCUGCUGCCACUCCCACCCCCACAGUCCCCCAUUGCCUCCACCAGCUCCCUAUUCAUUCCCCCCAGUGCCCUGGGCCCCCACUGCUUCCAUAUCCAUCUCCCCAUCCAGGGUUUAAUUUGUCUCCGGGCUUGCCAGGGCUGUGUAAGUGCUGUGAAAAGUGAUAUUUGUAUGUUUGGUAAUGUCACUUUUCACAGCAGACUUAGUAGCUAGCUGGGAGGCUGUGAAAAGUGAUAUUAACAUACAAGUAUCACUUUUCACGGCAGCAGAUUUACUAGCUCUCAAGGCUAAAAAUAACCAAAGCAACCAAAAAAGCAAAAGAAACUACAACAAAAAAGACAAGAACAUGCAAAGCACGUUUGUUUGCGUUUCUAUUCUGUUUAGGGCCAGUAAAGAAUAGAGAAAACUGUACUUUAUUUUUAUUAUUCAGUCUGCAAAAAAACCCCAAACCCUACGUAAAUAAAUUACACUGAUUUGGACGUGUGUGUAUGUGCAUAUUUGUUUGUUUUUUUUCUUAAAGUUAAUUAAGUAUUUUAGGAACAAGUGUCAGAGUGGCCACCAGCAAGAGUCACUGCCGCUGGCGAGGGGCCCCUGCGUAACCGUCAGGCUUAAGAAAAUUGGGGGAGAUGAAAGAACUGCUUGUUGACCUGUGAACGACCGAUUCUUGUAACAUCGGUGUUGUCCAAAGUCGCAGUGAACACCUUUGUGUAGUGAUAUCUAGCUGUAUUCAUUUUCUAUGUGGAAAAAUUGAGUAGUUUAUUUAGA